AUGUCCGAUCCCUGUCGGGGCGCAGUGCCGUGUUCCAAGGGGGGCGGCACCAACACGUGCCUCAGGAGUCUCUGCAUCUACUGUCCUAGCCUCUCUGGUGGUCAGGAGACGCGUGCGAUGGAUAACAUCCUUUUUUUCUAUCCAUCGCACCUGCACGCGAAUACACAGAUGAACCACGUUGGUUUCUGCAUUGGGGUGUCGUGUCUCGCGGAGCGGUUUGCAGCGACAGGGCCUGUGAACGAGAUACACAUGAGUCAUACCACCGUCGCGCUCUGCUGCCCGUUCCCCGACCUCUGGAUUGCCGUGGAGACGGCAGCAGGGUACGACAGCUCCUCCGUGGUGCCGAUUGUCCGGCGCGGGUUUGACGUCUUUGUUCUACGAUACGGCUGGCCCACCGUCACAGCACUCGUGUCACGUGAGGAUGCGGCCUCUGCGGAUGCCAAAAGGUCGCGUGCGGCUCUUAGGGACUUCUUUGAGAGGUUCACUGUGUUUCUAGAGGCACGCGUGCUGAUAGUGGAUAUCCUCCACAGCGCUGUGCAGGUGGUGCGAGGUGUACCGCAGCCGUUGGCACCGGAAGCGGCGGGUGGGCAUGCCAACACAAAGCGAUGGAGCCGUCGCUGGGCGGCGGUGGCGGGUGCGGAAAGCCUCCUCGCUUUUCCUGUCGUCAUUCGCGCGGCAUCACCCUCGGUGCAGUCGAUGUGCCACAGUUUGGUGUACCGCCAUCUGUCGCUGCUCUCAGCAAAAGGAGAACAGUGCGGCAGCAGCGUCAGCAGCAGUAGUGGAACCUGCGGCAAUACUAAAAACUGCACGGUAGGAUGGGGGACUGAGUACCACGGCGUGGCCACCCCCAUCAGUGCUACAGCGCUGGCGAAGGCAGCGGAGGAGCGUUUGUUGUGGACCUGCUGUCAGUAUGUUGUUUUCAUUGGUGAAACACUGAAGGUGGUUGCUGCCAAUGCACCGCACGAGCUCGUGUCUAAGCUUAUCUGUCUGAUGCUGAUAGAGCCUGGAGUGACAGAUUUUGCAGCUUAUGGGGAAAAUGGGCUGUCGCACUGCUAUGUUUGUCAUGCGUCAGGCAUCAUCCUUGUUGUUGUCGUUGAUAACAGCUUGUAUCGCUCCAUACACGAAUGUAUUGCUACCACCUGCAAUGCACUGGCAAGGGACAUUGCAGACUUCUUGACAACUGGCGUGUGCACACUGACACGCGAGAGUUGUUUAAGCCCCAGUGAGAUGCAGCAAUUGGCGCUGACGCGCUUGAACCCAUCACAUCUUUCCACAGUGGCGGUUUUCAACACCCCAAUGCUGGGCCUACCAAAAUUUUGCGAUAGCAAGUUGACCCUCCAGUGGACCGUCUGGCAUGAUGGUAUGAUCGCGGGCUCACCAAUGCGCGAGUACCCUCGUGCAGUGCACGUGGUGUUGUCGUCGUUACUGCGUGCGUUUGUGCGAAGUCUGUCAGGUGAUGUGGGAGUGGGUGGUCGCGAUGACAAUGACGCCAACACACGCCACACUACUACUACUACUACUACUACUACUGCUGCUGCCGCCGACGGUGUGGUCUCGGCCUCCAUCGACCUACCGCCCACCUCAACGGAGGCUUGGGUACCACUUCGAGACACAGCGUUGCUUUGCGUGAUGCGGGAGAAUCGUCGCGUUGGCGCCAUGGUGUUUUACAAUUCGGCGCCCCUGAAGAACUGUUUCGAGGCUGCUGCCGAGCUUCAGCGGCAGAUGGCCUUUUUGCUGUGA